AUGAGAGACAGCUUGGCCCUAUUUCAUUCCGGUCCCUUUUGCCUUCAGAGCCUGAGCGCCUCUGUGGAAGGAGCAGGUGUCCACCAUCGUGUAGCAUCGAGGGAAAUGAAUCCAGAUGAGACAAUGAAGCUUUCAUUGAAGAAUGGUGUCAAGAACGGUCCUGCUGGAGCCGUUAAAGAUGCGACAGAAGAAUCAAUAACAGAUGAUGAAAAGAGAAGGAACUAUGGCGGGGUCUACGUUGGCCUACCCUCGGAUGCUGUCACAAUGGUUUCUGGACAAACAAAGAGUGCACGAAAGGAAGAAAAUUAUAUCUGGAUGCAAUAAACAAGAGUGUACUCAUCAACAUUUGGAAAGAACUUAGUUUCACAGAAGACUUUCACAUGUUACAGACACUUUCAAGGAGGUUCUGGACACCCCAAAUCCCAAGUGUCAUCGGGCAAAGUUAUAGGUAAAACUUGAAUGCUACUGAAGGUGACAGAAACCAGUGGAACACUGAGCUCAGAAUGUGGAACUGCCCUGUGGUCAUCUUGUGAAAAUCAAAUUCAUCAACUGUCCUGGGGCCGGCUACUUUGGACAGAAAUCUGCCCUGAGACCAGCAGACAGCAUGUUCCUCCUCACCAGGCCCAGAUAGGAGAACUCAUGAAUUACAGUUCACCAAUACAUUUUUUGGGGGGUGGCUUUUAUAUGAUAAAAAUCUUCAUUCUAUUUGUAAUGUCUAAUAAUGAGGCACUGUAAGGGAAUUAAUGAAAAACCAUAUAUUUGACAUCUGUAAUCUUUUAGUGCUCUUGGUACAAAUUGGAUCAAAUUUUUUUUUUGGUUGUUAAAAUCUUAAAUUGAUCAAGUAGUCAUAAAGGUAUGAGGUUCUCAUGGCUAUUUCUUUUAUACUACUGAUUUUUGGGGCCUUAUGAAAGCAUUCAGCUGCUCAAAAGGACUUUCUUUUUUAGAAGGCUGUAUUUCAUUGCAACAUUUUUAAAAAAAAUAAAAUACUGGUUUUGCAUGUCUUGUAAAAAUUUGGGUUAACCUUCUGUUUUCUUUGUAUAAAAGCUCAUUUCCAUUUGAGGCUUCCAACCCAUUCUACCUACAAUAUGACCUUCCCAGAGAAUAUCAUCACAGUAUCAUUUAAUUGUUUGAAACCAGUAAGAAUGACUAUGAUGAGUGGCUAAUGGGCUAUUUGGAAAAUACUUUAUUUGCUAAUAACUGUAAGAUUCUCUAAGAAAUACUCUGCUGUAAUUUGCUAUGGUAUUUACCAAUGUUAAUGAGACAAUUAAAACAUUUAUAUUCCUCUUUA